AUGGCCGCCGCCUUCAGAGGCCGCCUUCCCUACCCCCUUCCCCUUGCCAUCCUUCUCAUAUUCCUCUUUCUCCACGCGGGUCAGACCACGGCCCAGAACUCAACGUUCACUCCCCGCGACUACAUCCUCCUCGACUGUGGUAGCUCUGGCCAGACAUCCGACAUGGACGAACGCAUCUGGACGGGGGACAUCGGGUCCAAAUUCGCUCCCUCGUCGGAGAAAACAAUAGUAUCCACAGUCACCGUCCAAGGUUCCGUCCUGCAGGUCCCCUAUUUGACCGCCCGGAUCUUCUCUUCCCCUUUUACCUACUCCUUUCCCGUCUCCCCCGGCCGCAAGUUCCUCCGUCUCUACUUCAACCCCGCCGAUUACGGCAACCACGCAGCCUCCGACUCCCGCUUCGCCGUCACGGUCUCUCCCGGCGGCGUCACUCUGCUGAGCAACUUCAGCGCCUCCCAGACCGUCCAGGCCCUCAACUACGACUCCCUCUUCCUGGAGUUCUCUGUCAACGUGUCGUCGGGGUACCUGAACCUGACCUUCACCCCGUCGUCGGAGGUCUCCAAUUCCUACGCCUUUAUCAACGGCAUCGAGAUCUUGUCAACCCCAGACAUCCUUGGCUCUCAGGCUCCUCCCAUCGUUGGGGCGUCAUCGACCUACUCACUCGACCAGAAGGUUGCCUUCCAGACGAUGUACCGGCUGAAUGUUGGAGGUAACAACAUCCCCCCCGUCAGUGACAUCCAACUCUACAGGACAUGGAGAGACGACACGCCUUACAUCUUUGGGGCUGCAUCUGGGGUGUCCUACUCCAAGGACAGCAACGUCACCAUCGUCUACACCGAUGAGCCCAACUACAUAGCACCGACGGCGGUCUACGAGACUGCUCGUUCCAUGGGAGUCAAUGCAAGCGUCAAUCUCAACUUCAAUCUCACUUGGAUAUUAUCAGUCGAUCCUGGCUUCCUCUACCUCGUGAGGCUGCACUUCUGCGAGAUCCAGUACCCAAUCACCAAAAUAAACCAGAGGGUCUUCUCCAUCUACCUCAACAACCAGACGGCGAUGGCGGCUUUCGAUGUGAUUCCUGUUAGUGGAGGCAUCGGCAGUGCAGUGUACAAGGAUUUUGUUGUGGUGGUUGGCGAUGGGACAGAGCAGCAGGAUCUCUGGCUCGAACUCCAUCCUUCCACUGCAAGUAAACCAGAGUUCUACGAUGCCAUUCUGAAUGGCCUGGAGAUCUUCAAGCUGAGUUCAGUCGACGGCAAUCUAGCUGGGCCUAAUCCGAUUCCUGUGGUUCAGCCGGGAACGGAUGAACAGGAUGUCUCUCCUACCAUGGGAAGCACUUCAAAGAGUAAAGUCGCACUCAUUGCUGGUGCCGUAGGCGGUGGCGGUGCCUUUGUUAUCUUGCUCUUUGCGUUGGUGUUGACAGUGCGCGGGCGCAAGAAGAAGCUCGGACGGAAGGUAACCAGCACCAGCGAUGGGCCAUCCGGCUGGCUCCCGCUCUCCCUCUACGGCAACUCCAAUUCAGCUGUAUCUGCCAAGACCAACACCACAGGGAGCUAUGCUUCAUCGCUGCCCGCCAAUCUCUGCCGUCACUUCUCAUUUGCAGAGAUUGAGGCCGCCACUAAUGGCUUCCACGAGAGCCUCCUCCUCGGGGUCGGCGGGUUCGGCAAAGUCUACAGGGGUGGGAUCGAUGGCGGAUCGACGGAGGUGGCCAUCAAACGUGCCAACCCCACGUCGGAGCAGGGCGUGCACGAGUUCCAAACUGAGAUCGAGAUGCUGUCCAAGCUACGCCACCGCCACCUCGUCUCGCUCAUCGGCUACUGCGAGGAGAACCGGGAGAUGAUCCUGGUCUACGAUUACAUGGCUCACGGCACCCUGAGAGAGCACCUCUACAAGACCCAGAACCCGCCGCUCUCCUGGAAGCAGAGGCUGGAGAUUUGCAUCGGCGCUGCCCGCGGCCUCCAUUACCUUCACACCGGCGCCAAGCACACCAUCAUCCACCGCGAUGUGAAGACCACCAAUAUCCUACUGGACGAGAAAUGGGUCGCCAAGGUCUCUGACUUCGGCCUCUCUAAGACCGGGCCGACGCUGGAUCACACCCACGUCAGCACGGUCGUGAAGGGCAGCUUCGGCUACCUGGACCCCGAGUAUUUCCGGCGCCAGCAGUUGACGGAGAAGUCCGACGUCUACUCCUUCGGCGUGGUCCUGUUCGAGGUGCUUUGCGCCCGGCCGGCGUUGAACCCGCAGCUACCCAAGGAGCAGGUGAGCCUGGCGGAGUGGGCUCUCCACUGCCAGAAGAAGGGCGUGCUCGAUCAGAUCAUCGAUCCCCAUCUCAGGGGAAAGAUUGCGCCGCAGUGCUUCAAAAAGUUCGCCGAGACAGCGGAGAAGUGCGUGUCCGACAAUAGCGUGGAUCGGCCAUCCAUGGGCGACGUGCUGUGGAACCUGGAGUUCGCUCUGCAGCUCCAGGAGAGCGCGGAGGAAGGGGGGAGCCUCGUCAGCGGGGUAGGCGGCGACGGUGCGGCACCGCUUAUGCCGGGGAAGAAGUCGCCAUCCGACCCGUCAACGGACUCGGGUAGCACCGGAGUCACCACAACCUCGUCCUUCAGCAUGGGUGGGCGCAGCAUUGCCAGCGACUCCUCCGAGGGGCUCACCCCGAGCGCCGUUUUCUCCCAGAUCAUGGACCCCAAGGGCCGAUGA